CCCCGUUUUGUCAUUCCAUUUCACCGUCUGUCUUGUACGUAGCCCUAAGCUUAAUAGUCUUCUUGUUUGUACAUCAUGGACGCUCGUCUCCGCCGCGUGAAUAAAGAAAUCGCUGACUGCAAGAACGACAAAUCCUCAAACAUCAAAAUCGACCUAAUAGAUUCAUCGCCAUUUCAUCUGAAAGGAUCUUUCCCCGGUCCUCAGGACACGCCAUACGAAGGUGGCCACUUUGAAGUGGAUAUUGUCAUCCCCGACUCGUAUCCAUUCCAACCUGUCAAGAUGAAAUUCAUCACGAAAGUGUAUCAUCCAAACAUAUCAUCAGCGUCCGGAGCUAUCUGUCUCGACAUCCUCAAGGACGCGUGGUCGCCUGUUCUAACGCUCAAAUCAACACUGAUCUCACUUCAAUCGCUGCUGUGUUCUCCCGAGCCUAAUGAUCCGCAAGAUGCGGAGGUUGCGAAGCACUACACCACCAGCAAGGGAAGCUUCGAUGAGACGGCAAGAUACUGGACACAGAUAUAUGCCGGAGGGCCUUUGGUCAAGAAGAUGGAAGUGAAAGAGCCACAGAGAGAUGAGAUCGCAAUAGCGGGUCUUGAAAGAGCCCAUGUAGAUCAGUUCGAGAGUCUCGGUUUUGAGCGCUCAAAAGUCAUCGACGUUCUUCGGAGAUUGAACUACCGUGGCGCGAAUGUCGCCAAUAUUUCGGAAGAUAGGAUUGUAGAAGAGCUUUUGAAAUGACAUCGAUGGACAUACCCGGGUACCCCGCACGUGGUUACUGGUGUUGAUCCUUGUAUUUUUUCGCUGUAAAUGCCAUCCGUUACUUGAUUUUGUGUUUCCAGUACUCAUGAGACGGGUGCGCUCGGACCGACUUGUGAGGUUAGUGGAAAUGCCGUUACUGUUCUCCCCAUGGCCAGCCUCGUGGGUCACGCUGACCUGUCGGUUCAUUCCGAGUUGUGCAGGGAUGAUACUAUCAUCCUCGAUAUGAUCGAUAUCUCGCCAUUUUCCCGUGAUGGGUGUGAAGUGUCGCCGAUCCAUAGCGACGUCAUGAUAAUCACAUCUUCUUCUAUUUCGAUGUCGCCCUUGGAACAGCCUUCGGACUUUGGACUUUGGGCAGUAUCAGCGUACAGCAUCAAUAUUACAUACUGCACGCCCGAUAAUACUUA